AUGGCUAUCCUAGGCGACAAGGGAAAAGAGACGACCGGCACUGUGUUGGAAACACUCGGUCUCAAGAGCGAAGGCGGCCCGCGUGAUGUACAAGAAGGUGUGAUGGCGGAAAACGCCGACAACCUGCAACGUCAUCUUGGAAACCGUCAGAUCCAGCUGAUUGCCAUCGGGGGCUCUAUCGGAACGGCCCUGUUCGUGAGCAUCGGCUCGGGUCUUUACCAUGGAGGUCCUGGCAGCUUGUUUCUUGCCUUUACCGUUCAAUGUAUCUUUUUGGCCAUGGUGAACAACUGCAUCGCUGAAAUGACCACUGCGUUCCCUGUCAGUGGUGGUUUCAUUCGCUUGGCCGGAAAAUGGGUUGACGACGCCCUGGGGUUCAUGGUCGGCUGGAACUUUUUCUUCUAUGAGGCCCUUUUGAUUCCUUUCGAGGUAUCGGCUUUCACCCUCGUAUUGUCUUACUGGACCCCGGCGCUUACUGAACCUGGUCCAGUCGCAGGCGUCUGUAUUGGUGUUAUCUUGGUUUAUGGUUUCCUCAACAUCCUGGCCGUCAAGGCCUAUGGUGAAGCCGAAUUCUGGCUGUCCGGUGGAAAGGUCAUUCUGAUCUUCUCCUUGUUUUUCUUCACCUUCAUUACUAUGGUCGGUGGAAACCCGAACCAUGAUGCCUAUGGAUUCCGCCACUGGAACAACCCCGGCUCGUUCAUGGAGUAUCUGGACACCGGUGCCCUCGGUCGCUUCGAAGGCUUCCUCGGAUCUCUUUGGUCGGCUUGCUUCGCCGUCGUCGGUCCGGAGUACAUCUCCAUGGUUGCAGCUGAAGCAAAGCGUCCCAGAAUAUAUAUCAAGAAUGCAUUCAAGACAGUCUACAUUCGAUUCGGUAUCUUCUUUAUCGGCGGCGCCUUGGCCGUGGGUAUCGUUUGUGCUGCUAAUGACCCGCAGCUCAAGGCGGUUGUGACGGGCGGCUCUUCUGGUUCUGCUUCGGCAUCGCCAUAUGUUAUUGGCAUGCGAAACAUGGGAAUUUCAAUUUUCCCUUCCAUAAUCAAUGCCCUCUUGCUGACUUCGAUUUUCUCUGCUGGUAAUACCUAUACCUACUGCGCUAUCCGUACCCUAUACGGCUUAGCACUCGAAGGAAGAGCCCCAAGGGUUCUCACUCACACCACACGCAACGGUGUACCCAUCUAUUGCUUCGCAGUGGUGAUGAUCUUCCCUAUCCUUUCCUUCUUGCAGUGCUCCAGUAGCUCAUCCAUCGUCCUCACGUGGUUCGCCAACCUCAUCACUGCCGGAGGUCUCAUCAAUUAUAUCGUCAUGAGCCUGACGUAUAUAUUUUUCCACCGUGCUUGCAAAGCCCAGGGCAUUGACCGCAGAUCCUUCUCCUAUUUCGGACGACUCCAACCCUACUGCGCAUACAUUGCAUGCGUUUGGAUGAUCGUCGUGACUAUUGUCUACGGUUACCCCGCAUACAAGCCUUGGUCGGUGUCCACCUUCUGGUCAAACUACACCAUGCAAAUCGUCAUUCCUCCUCUCUUCAUCAUCUGGAAAGUCGUCAAGAAAACCAAGUUCGUGAAGCCCCAUGAAGCCGAUCUGGUCUGGGAACGACCCUUAAUCGAUGCAUACGAGGAUAGCUUCCUCGACCCGCCUACUGGCUUCUGGAGAGAGGUGCUACAAAUGGUCGGCAUUGGGCGGACGGAAGGUGGCAACGAUAAGCGAGCGCAUUCAGUGUCUCAGCCCCAGGAGUAUGCCGUGGAAAAGACGGCAUGA